AGUACGUGUUGCCCUUUCCAUGCGCGCUCUGAGCGUGGGCGUCCCUGUGGGGGUGUGUGGUAGGGGUUUCUAAACCCGGCACCAGCACCCUAGCCCCUUCCAUCUGGGGCUCGGCUUAGGGUCGCCCCUGGCGGGCGGCUCUCGAAUCUGGAAGAAGAGCACGAGAACCCGGACCGCUCCGCAGGGCCGCUGGGCAGACAGGAAGAUGGCGGCAGCAUCGGUCUCUGCGACUUCUGGUUCUCAGUUCACGAACAUCUUAGCUGAACCAUCGAAGUCUAAUGGAAGUAUGCUUCGCCAUUCCUCUUCAUAUGUAGUAUAUCCACCUGAUAAACCUUUCCUUAAUAGUGAUCUACGACGCUCCCCAAAUAAGCCUACACUUGCCUAUCCAGAAAGCAACAGCAGAGCCAUAUUUUCUGCUCUGAAGAAUCUUCAAGAUAAGAUUCGACGCUUAGAACUUGAAAGGAUUCAGGCUGAAGAAAGUGUGAAAACCUUGUCUAGAGAAACAAUUGAAUAUAAGAAGGUAUUGGAUGAACAGAUACAAGAAAGGGAAAAUUCAAAAAAUGAGGAAUCAAAGCACAAUCAAGAACUGACAUCUCAGUUGCUAGCUGCAGAAAAUAAAUGUAAUCUUUUAGAAAAACAACUGGAAUACAUGCGUAAUAUGAUAAAGCAUGCAGAAAUGGAAAGGACAUCUGUCUUGGAGAAACAGGUUUCCCUAGAAAGAGAACGACAUCAUGAUCAAACACAUGUUCAGAACCAACUUGAAAAAUUAGAUCUUCUUGAGCAGGAAUAUAAUAAACUAACGGCAAUGCAGGCCCUUGCAGAAAAAAAAAUGCAAGAGUUAGAAGCAAAACUUCGUGAAGAAGAACAGGAAAGAAAACGUAUGCAGGCUAAAGCAGCUGAGUUGCAGACAGGUCUAGAAACAAAUAGACUUAUCUUUGAAGAUAAGGCAACUCCUUGUGUUCCCAGUGCAAGAAGGAUUAAAAAAAAAAAGUCAAAACCACCAGAAAAGAAAGGUUCUAAGAACUAUUUUGCUGCACAACCACAUUAUAGGUUAUGCUUGGGUGAUAUGCCAUUUGUAGCUGGAAAGUCCACCAGUCCCAGUCAUGCUGUGGUAGCCAAUGUUCAGCAUGUUUUGCAUCUAAUGAAGCAGCACAGUAAAGUCUUGUGCAAUGAUCGAGUAGUCAGCAGUGUUCCUUUGGCAAAGCAAGUAUCUUCACGAAGUGGUAAAAGUAAGAAGUUGUCAGUAACGCCUUCCUCCUCUAGCAGCAUUAAUGAAGAGCUGUCAGAAGUCUUACAGACUUUACAAGAUGAAUUUGGGCAAAUGAGCUUUGAUCACCAGCAGCUUGCAAAACUUAUUCAGGAAUCACCAACCGUUGAACUGAAAGACAAUUUAGAGUGUGAACUGGAAGCAUUAGUGGGAAGGAUGGAAGCAAAAGCCAGUCAAAUAACUAAAGUUCGAAAAUAUCAAGCUCAGCUGGAGAAACAGAAGAUGGAAAAGCAGAAAAGGGAAUUAAGAACCACCAAAAAGACUCUUGAUGAGGAAGGAAACAGCAGCAGCCGUUCUUCUGGAACCGCAGGGACCACAAAUAAGAAGGACUUUGCCAAACCCAGACCUGGAGAAAAAAGCAGGAAAAAUCUUCAGUUAUUGAAGGACAUGCAAACCAUACAGAGUUCAUUACAAAGCAAUAAUUUAUGUUGGGAUUACUGACUGGUACCAG